AUGGUUUUGGACAAAUCAGCUUCGAAUGUGAACCAGAAUUUAAUGAAACAAUCUAAAUCUGAAACUUAUGAGAGAUUAAUAGUUAUAUGUAUCAUUUUAGGCCAUAUUGCUAUCGGAUAUUCAAUGGGAUCUACAAGUCCAAUUAUGGACGUUUUGACACAGACAUUUUCGCUUAACAGUGCUCAACGUUCCUUAAUUGGAUCUUCAACACUAAUUGGUAAUGUUUUUGGAAGCCUUAUAGGAGGAUUUUUAGCGGAUCAGUUCGGUCGAAAAAAAACUUUGCUGGUUGCGUGGUAUUUACUCAUUAUAGCUUUAUUACUCGGAAUGUUGAUGCUUAAACAAGUUGGAACUAAAAAAACGCUACUAGUCAGCUUGUUUAGUACUGCAACUCCUUUGUUAUUACUUUCUUUGUUGUUACGUCUAUUUAACAGCACAACUCUUUUUCUACAAAUUGCUUCAAUUGCAUUACUCGUGAUGUACAACGUAUCUUGCAAUUUACCGGCUCCGUUAUGUUUAAUCUAUCCUGCCAAACUAUUUCCUUCUUCAAUCAAAGGAACUGCUUCCGGUAUUUGUGGUAUGGUAGCCAGAAUUUCUACUAUUUUAUGUAUGUUUGCCUUAGGUCAUGCCAUUGAGAAAGUAGAGACAAACGCUGUAUUUUUAUCAAUUGCAGUUAUUAGCAAUCGUUAA